GUUCAACUUCAUUUGAGAUGUUAUACAGUAGCGUCAUCUCUUUAUGACUAAUUGAAUUAAUACAUCUAGUUAAUCUGUAAAAGUUAUUUUAGUGGAUAUAAGUUUUUGUGUAGGAUCUACAGGAGAUUUAUUGAAGGAACUGUUUAAAUCGGUGUCCUGGUUGUAGGACAAGAUGGCAGCUUCUUUGUUUGGAUUGGAGGAAGACCUCGUCCCGCUCUCACAGGAAUCUGAUGACAAUGAAGAGGCUCCCAGACCACCGAAAAGGUUCCGGUGCAAUUCGUAUGAAAACACGAACCAGAACAACAGUUCACGAUCGCAUAACCGUGAUUGGGAGACAUGGAAUAGUGAUUUACUGGCUUUCAAGUUAGAGGAGCAGGGACUUAAGGAUGUGGCAGACAUAUUUAAAGAUCAAGAGAUACCAGGCUGUGUCCUGCCUAAACUGACCGAAGAUCACCUGGAUAGAUAUGGUAUAAGUAAACUUGGGAAGAAGCUGCAGGUUAUGAAGUUUAUAGAGGAUGUCACAAUGAAAGUGAUAGACAUUGACAUGGAUGAAAGGAAUAGAAAGAUAUUUAAUGACCCAAUUCAUGGACACAUAGAGUUACAUCCCUUGUGUGUUAGGAUAAUAGAUACACCACAGUUUCAGAGGUUGCGCUUCAUCAAACAACUUGGAACCUGUUACUUUGUGUAUCCAGGAGCUACACAUAAUAGAUUCGAACAUUCUUUAGGGGUGUGCCAUCUUGCGGGACGACUUGUUCGAGCGUUAAAGGCCAGACAACCUAAGUUAGGUAUAACUGAAAAAGACGUUCUUUGUGUGGAAAUAGCUGGUCUCUGCCAUGAUCUUGGUCAUGGACCUUUCUCUCAUUUAUUUGAUGGUAAAUUUAUUCCUCAUAUGUGCCCAGACAGUAAAUGGAGGCAUGAAGAUGCGUCACGUAUGAUGUUCCAUUACAUGUUGGAGGAGAAUGAUUUACGACCAGUGUUUGAGCAAGAAGGACUUUCUGCUACUGAUAUAACCUUCAUCGAAGAACAAGUCACUGGACCAAAGAAAAACUAUGAACCUGGGACUUGGCCAUAUGAAGGAAGACUGAGAAACAAAAGCUUUUUAUAUGAGAUUGUUGCCAACAAGAGAAAUGGUAUAGAUGUUGAUAAAUGGGAUUAUUUUGCUCGAGACUGUCAUAUGCUGGGUAUAAAGAAUAACUUUGACCACAAUAGAUGUAUACAUUUUGCACGGGUUCUACACGUGGAAGGUGAAUGGCAGAUUUGCUCAAGAGAUAAGGAGGUUGGAAACUUAUAUGAUAUGUUUCACACAAGAAGUACACUUCACAGACGGGCAUACCAGCAUAAAACCACAAAUGUAAUAGAUACUAUGCUUGUUGAAGCUAUGAUAAAAGCAAAUGAUUGCAUUAAGUUUGCUGGAAAAGAUGGAAGUGAGGUAAGGAUGUCAGACACUAUACAUGACAUGAAGGCGUACAGUCAGAUGACAGAUCAUGUGUUCUUCCUGAUCCUCAACUCCACAGACCCUAAACUACAGGAAUCUAGAGAAAUCCUUAGCAAUAUCAUGAAAAGAAAUCUUUACAAGUGUGUUGGUCAGACACAACUUAAACAUGAACAUACUAUUUCAAAGCACCAGCUACCAAAGAUAACAGGGGAGAUAAUUUCCAGAAUAAAUCCAAUGGAACGAAAGAAUUCAAACCUAAGAGAUGACAGUAUCAUUGUACAUUUGGUAUACUUGGAUUAUGGAAUGAAGGAUAAGAAUCCGAUAGACAAUGUACGAUUCUACAGCAAGGAAAAUCCAGACAGAGCCGUGAGAGUCAGGAAAGACCAGGUGUCGAACCUGUUACCGGAAACAUUUGCUGAACAGCAGAUCCGAGUAUACUGCAAGCAAGUAGAUGAGCCAACGUUAAAUAUGGUGAAAGAUGCAUUCAGAGGCUGGUGUAAGGAUAAAAAUCAUCCGCCACCAAAGGGUGGUGAAGUGAACUCCCUUGAACUGACCCCAGUGAAGAGACAGGAAGAUCCAGCCACGCCUACAAAUUCUGUACAGAAUGGAAACUCCAAGGAUCUCACACCUGGAAGUGCAGGAAAAUUUAAGUCCCGCCUCUCCUUCUAAAUAUUUGUUUGCUGGGGAGAUUAGAGGAGAUCAUAAGUUGUGGUUUAUAUUUGUCCUGGCUUUAAUAUUGAGAACAAGCCAUACCUUAGAUAGAAAAGUCAAAGUAGUUAUUGUCAUUUUGUUAAGAGAACUUACAGUUUUAAGAAUGUUGAGUUAGAUGAUACUUUUGAGAGUAAGAUUAAUUGGUGAUUGAGAGAAAAAAAGCAAAUAAAAAAUUGAUAACAGUAGAAGCAAACAGAAGUUGAAGUGGAAACAUACCAAUUAAGAGUGUUGAAAAUAUGGGAAAUUUUUAGUACUGGUUAUUGUAUAGGGGUGUUUAAAUAUUGCACAGAAACAUAGUUAUAUACAAGUAACCUAUUAAUUGUUUACUGUUAUGUUAAAAUGUAUAUCAUAAUAAUAUGAAUUGUAUCUCUUUUUGUAAAUGAUUACAAGAAUGGAAGGAAAACUAGAUCUAUAUUCCUCCCAGUUUUUAUUAAGAUGAAUUUUCUGAGUGUGAAUUAGAUUUUUAUUGUAUACACUGCCACUCUCAAUCUUUUAAGAAACAAACUUAAGCAAAAUGGUUUUUCAAAAACAUUUGUGUUACAAAUUCAAAAUUUAAAGUUUUAAAGGUCCACGCCUACAGAUAAAAGAAAAUAAUGAAACUGACUAUGAAUAUGUAAAGUUGUUCACAAUCCAUGAGACUUGGCUGAAUUUUUUAUUUUAUUUUAGAAUUUUACUUUUUCUGUUACUAUUAAGACCAUAGAGAUAUUUUUGGCAUAAUUUUGACCCAUUUUAAUUAGAUUUUCUGGAUUGUAAAUGCCUAAGACUAGCUUAGAUUAUUUUUCAAGGCUUUAAAAAAAAAAUUUUUUCUAUUUUAAACACUUUGUAAAAUUUCAUUAAAGU